AUGGCCAAGCAAAAUUCCGUAGCCUUCAUUUGUUUGUCUUUGAUUCUUCUUGUAUUCACAUCAUCAAUUCCAUUACCAUGUGGCGCUAGUGACAAAAAAGAUGAUGAUGAUCGGAAAACUUACAUCAUCUACUUGGGAUCACUUCCUCAGGAAUCAUCUUACUCUCCGACCUCACACCACCUUAGUAUUCUCCGACAUGUUUCUAAUAAUGGCGUCAACUUCGACGACGUCAAUGAAGAUGUCACAGACUCCUUGAUUCGAAGCUACAGUAAAAGCUUCAACGGGUUUGCAGCAAAACUCACAAAUGAUCAGAGGGACAGGAUGGCUGAGAUGGAAGAGGUUGUCUCAGUUUUUGAAAGCAAAACAUAUCGAACCCAGACAACAAGAUCAUGGGACUUCCUGGGAUUCACCGAGAAAGAAGCCGCAGCAAGAGUAGCACGCAACUCGUUAUCAUCUACAGAAAGUGAUGAUGUUAUAGUCGGAGUUAUUGACAAUGGAAUAUGGCCAGAGUCUGAGAGUUUCAGUGACGAAUGUCUGAGAGGUGUUCCUAAGAAAUGGAAAGGAACUUGUGCUGGUGGGAAGAACUUCACAUGCAACAAGAAGAUAAUCGGAGCUAGGGUUUAUCCGAAGGAUCGUGAUACUGCAAGAGACCAAAACGGCCAUGGAACUCACACUGCCUCAACAAUAGCUGGGGAUAUAGUUCCCCAUGUUAGCUUCUAUGAAAUAGCAAAUGGUACAGCAAGAGGAGGGUCUCCAUCUGCAAGAAUCGCUGCAUAUGUAGCUUGUGAUUAUAACGGACUCAUUUGCACAGGACAAGAUAUCUUAGCCGCUUUUGAUGACGCCAUUUCAGAUGGCGUCGACAUCAUUUCAGUGUCCUUAGGGUUUUCAGACAUCCUUGAUUUUCUCAGUGACGCCAUAGCCAUCGGAUCUUUCCACGCAAUGAAGAGCGGAAUCCUCACAGUCCAUUCCGCCGGCAACAGUGGCCCAGAGAUCGCCACCGUCGCCAGUGUCGCACCAUGGAUCCUAACCGUUGCUGCAAGUACUACAGAUCGCAAAAUCAUUGACAAGGUUGUUCUUGGGAAUGGCAAGACACUAACCGGUGUUUCCAUUAAUGCUUUUAACUCAAAUGGGUCAAAGUAUCCGAUAGCUAACAUAAAUGGUGAUCCGUUGACUUGUCCUAAAAAUAAUUCACGUGAUUGUCCUUGUCUUGACGACACAGACUUGGUCAAAGGUAAGAUUGUGUUAUGUCGAGAACUACCUCAAGGCAAGAACGUUAAGGAACAUGGUAUUGUGGGUGUGAUCGAAAAUGCAAUUCGUGAUUACGCUGAGGUUGUGUCGCUACCCUCACUGGAGAUUCCCAAGGAGGGUUUUGAAAGUCUUGUGUUGUACACAAACUCAAGUAAAGAUCCAAGAGCUGAGAUUAUGAAGAGUGAGGUUGUGAGAGAUAAAACUGCUCCAAAAACAGCUUUUUUCUCUUCACGUGGACCUAAUCUCGUAGUUGCAGAGAUUUUGAAGCCUGAUAUAAGUGCCCCAGGGGUUGAUAUCUUGGCUGCAUAUUCACCUCUUGCAUCAGUUUCAAGCAGUUCAGAAGACAAAAGAUCUGUGAGAUACAGUUUUUUAUCAGGAACUUCAAUGGCUUGCCCUCAUGUUUCUGGAAUAGCUUCAUAUUUGAAGGCCCUUCACCCAGAUUGGUCACCUGCAGCUAUAAAAUCAGCCAUUUUAACCACAGCAAAACCCAUGAAGAAAGUUGAAGUUUUGGAUUUGGUUGGUGAGUUUGAAUAUGGAUCAGGACUUCUGAACCCAGUACAGGCCAGUGAUCCUGGGUUGAUUUAUGACAUAUCUGAAGAAGAUUACGUGAGAAUGUUAUGCAACUUAGGGUUUAACACUACACAAAUUAAGCAGAUUUCUGGAGGUAAUUAUAGCAGAAGAUGUCCUAGCUCUUCUCACACAGACAUGGUGAAAAAUCUUAAUUAUCCUUCACUGGCGGCUAAAGUUGAGCCUUUGAAGUCAUUCACUGUUCAGUUCAAUAGGACAGUGACAAAUGUUGGACUUGCCAAGUCAACGUUCAAAGCAAGUAUUUCAUCACCAAGUUUUAAUAAUAUGACUUUGACAGUGAAACCUAAGGUUCUGAGGUUCAAAUCAUUGAAUGAGAGGAAAUCUUUUGUGGUCGAUGUUCGUGGAAAGGAACUUUCGGAUCGUUCAGCAAUCUCAUCGUCGUUGGUAUGGUCGGAUGGCAGACACGUUGUGAGAAGUCCAAUUGUUGUGAUGGCGUAUAACACUCCUUAA